UAUGCCAAAGGUAGGAUACCGGGCGCUCUUAUAAGGAGCGCUUUAAAACGACUGUUGGAUUUUUUUUUACUUUUAGCACAGAAAUACCACAACGAGGCGGUUUCUUAUGGGGGGAGAAAUUUGGCAUGUGCUUUCCAAAAACGAGACAGAGAAAAACGUUUCGCCUCCUCCGUACUGCCUCAGGAUGUACAAGGCGUCGUUUUAGUAGCACAAAUGAUUUAAGAGACACUCUGAAUAGCGAAAAUACGAACUCUCAUUCGGGUUGAUGCCACCUGAGUAGUCAAGACAAGUUUAACUUUUAAUUUAAUGUGCGCUUAUCGACUGAACAUCGGUAGCUGAGAAGGCAUCUGCGGCAGGACAGUGACACAAGCAAAAAUGAAAAUGAUUUGGAUAUACAGUGUCAUGGCAAUCUUGUGCCACAAUGAGAUGCAGAGCUCCAGCGGACAGGAGUGCUCCAGCACCCAGGAGCUACAGGCCUCGCUGCGGCAGGCCUACAAGCUGCUGUCGGCCCAUGAGGCCUCCUACCUGCAGGGCCUGCGAUCGCUCAGGAAGAAGCUCAGUCUGCUGCAGAAGGCGGCGAUGAUGGGACAGCCAACCAAACCUAGCAAUGCAUCCUGCCCCCUGCUGGAGACACCCCCUAAUGGCAGGAAGCUUGGCAAGGCCCUGGGGGUGGGCAACGAGGUGCACUUUCUGUGUGAGCCUGGGUACGAGCUGCUGGGCACGGAGAGUCGGGUGUGCAUGGAGUCCCUGAGCUGGAGCGGCCAGCCGGCCCUGUGCAGGAACGUGGACGAGUGCGUUUCCGCGCCCUGUCUCAACGGAGGAACAUGUGUGGAUGACGUGAACCGGUUUAUCUGCUUAUGUCCCAAAAACUGGAUGGGUCCUUCCUGCCAAACCCCAACCCUUAUCUUCUUCAGCACUGUAAUCAAUGGCUCCUCGCCCAUCUCCCCAUCCCCGCCUCCCUCGCCCUUCGUGCACCCGGCGCAGUGCACACAGCUGCAGGGAUCGACCCGCUGCUCCUGCGAAGCCGGCUUCGCCAUCUCUGGCCCGGACAACCGCCUCUGCACAGAUGUCGACGAGUGCACACUGUUCCAUGAGGGCCAAGGGGGACGUCUGUGCCUCCACAACUGUGUCAACACCCCUGGGGGCUACCGCUGCACAUGCCCCUCAGGAUAUAACGUCACACGGGACAGCCGUGGCUGCAAGGACGUGGACGAAUGUGCUGACAGGCAGCAUACCUGCACCCAGGAGCAGCUCUGCGUCAACACUUACGGGGGUUUCCAAUGUGUGCGUGUGGAGUGCCCCCGCAUCAGAAACGCCACCUACUCCCAGACCUCAGCUACGCGCUGUGAGCGGAACCCCUGCCCGGUGGAUAACAAGGGGUGCCUCAAGGCUCCCAACUCGGUCAGCUUCCACUUCCUGUCGGUGGUGUCCAACCUUCCAGCCCCCCGGGUCUUGUUCCGGGUGUCCGCCACACGCAUGCUAGGUGACACGCUGCGCUUCGGGCUGCUAGGGACACGCGGCCGGCAACACUUCACCGUGCAGCGCUCAGACCGCCAAACCGGACAGUUGAUGCUGACUCGGCCAGUGGAGGGCCCCGCCACUUUGGAGGCCGAGGUGGAGAUGAGCGAGCUGGAGAAGGGGAGCAUGCUGGGCCGUUACAUUACCCGGGUCACCCUCUUUGUCUCACAGUAUCACUUUUAGAGCGGGGGGGGGGCGGGGUUAGUUAUGGUGGGCGGAGUCAGGUGACUGUGCGCAAAGCUUCACACAUAUGUACCACACUUGACAGCCGAAAGACCGUAAGAUGGUCUUUGCUUAAAUGGCGGCAGCAGUUCAUAGCGUCCAGCUGCCAUUUGUGGUUGUUUGGGUGCCCCACAGACCUGGCUGAGAAAUCUGUGGCACACACGUGCCUGGAGGGACUUUAGAAAAGCACCUCUGCCGCUUAGUGUGAGCAGUAUCAGACUCACUUAUGCAUGUGACAUACGAGUGUUUCCUUCGGUGCCAAAGAGACGCUUUCCCCUGUUUCUUCAAGGGCUGAGCUUAUGGUUAAAUGGGCCUCCCACCUUGGGCGGAAGGAACUUCAGCAAAAGUUCCUAGGUACAGAAACUCUAUUGAAAGGGCAGUUAUGGGUCACGUGAGAAAGCGUGUGCUGGAAUGAACGUAGGCCUGCACAUGUGUGUGACAGCUCAGCCCAACCUUUCAGCUGCACUCCAGACGGUGCCCUUUAACAGAAAAAUAACACAGAAAAAAGGCUCUGGUGAGCUUAAUUACAUUGUUUUAUUUCCUUGGUUAAUACAUAUAAUGCGAUUUUUUAAAAACUUUUGGCCUCUGUAUCACAUUACUGUGAAUAAAGUUAAAAAACAACCACAAGGCUGAAGUUGCAGGGCUUAUUAAAAGCGCUGAAAUGUGGCAUUCAUUUUUAAAAAUGGCUGCCAGUUAAUGUGGAGCGACAGAUAUGAGGUUAGAGCA